AUGUUGUCUAUGGUUGUUAUUGAAAUUGAAAUGAUUACGUGCUAUUCUUGUGUUUGAGUUAUUUUUCUAUUUUCAGUCGAUAUUGUGAGAUAUUUAAAUUUAUAGAGCAGUUUGACUCAUUUGUUAAAGUGUCCUAAUUUCAAUAUCGUGUCUGUUUAUUUGAAAACGAAAUUACUAAUACUUGAAACAUGUCUAUUCAGUGGACAUUUAUCGCCGGCUACCUGUAUUUCGAAAUUGCAAUAGUGGCUAUAAUGAUGCUUCCCAUCGCCAGUCCGCGACGAUGGCAGCAAUUCUUCAGAUCGCGGCUGUUCGCCAUGUUCCGCGAGCAUGCGGCAUAUUACUUCUACAUUCUACUCGGCGUACUGAGCUUGUUCCUCAUGGAUGCGAUCCGGGAGAUGAGGAAAUACUCACAUACUGAUAACCACUUCCAUUUCUCGACCGAAAUGAAAGGCAAUGUAAAACUUUUCCGAGCUCAACGGAACUUUUACAUCACCGGUUUUGCCAUUUUCUUGGCAUUUGUCAUAAGGCGCCUUGUUACUAUGAUUUUGAUACAAGCUGAGCUGUUGGAGAAGUCGGAAAGGAUCAUUAGAGAAGCUGAAACUGCUAAGGACCUCGCCAAGACUACUGUAUUGACACAAGCUCUGCAGUCCGCUGGGGAUUCUAACAAUGUUGAAAAUUUGGAAAGGCUGUUGCUGGAUGAACAAACCAGAAUCAAAGAGUUGGAGGAGGAAGUAACAUCUUUGAAAGAGCAGCUGAAUGAAGCUAAAUGUAAAUUUUUGAAGGAGCAGCUGAAUGAAGUAAAAUGUAAAUUGGCUGAAAGGAAGUCUGAAUAAGUGUGAUUAAAGAACUUGGAGAUUAAUGUUAACUUUUAAAGCCUAAUUUUAGUAUUUGACUAGUGGUUUGUUAGGAAAUUAUUUUAUUUGAUUAAAAACCUAGUCAAACUAUCUGAGAAUGUUACAUUUGCAAAGAACAAAAAGAUUUUAAGAAAUAAUAAUUGAACAUAGUUGCAGACAGUGACAUAAAUUAUAAAUAACAUUUUAUCACCCGCUCCGCAAAUAAUAUACUAUCAAAUUCUAUUCUAUGAACAUUGGGAUGUUUAUUUUAAAACUGUAAAUACCGAACGAUAUUCACAUUAUUAAUAGAUCAUAAUUAACUAAGGCCCCGGCAAAAUUGUUGCAGGCCUUAGUGUUCUGCUCUCUUGGCUUAUUUCUUAAAACUGUUUUCAAUAAAA